GAGGCCCGGGCACGGCGGCCCCGCACUCACCCGUGGGUGCGAGUCUGGCUCCAGGAGCGGCGGGGAGCCAUGGAGUGUUCCUGAGCAAGUGAGUGCCACUCAAGAGCUGCUUGAGAACUUUAGAAGAAUGGACCAGAUCUUAUAGAGGAUGCAGCCAGGGGAGCUGGCCAGGAAGGAGCCAGAUUUGGAGUCCUUCGGAGGAUAGACCAUCUCGAAAGAGAGGCCUGACAGACGAGAGACGGGGUGAGGAAGAGGGCUUGGGGGUCCCCCACCCUGCCCAGCCCAGGAAGUCUUGGCCUUAGGAGCCGCCCCAGCUCUGUGAGCUGGCUGAGGAAGGCAGGGCUGCAGAGAGCCAAAGACGGCCCCGAGCAGAGCAGAGACCAGGGCGCACUCGGGCAGCUCCAGCCCCGCCCCAGCCCCGGCACCAGCUUCUCUGCGUCCCUGAGCAGCGGCAGCACCAUGCUGGGCCCCCACCUCCCCUCUCCACCCCUGGGGCCCAGCGAAGGCACGUCUACCCCCUGCGCCUUCGCGAUCCCUGAUGGGAGCUACAGGUGCCUGGCCUUGGAGACCGAGGAGAGCGGUGGCGAGGAGGGCCUGCAGGGAGAGGCGGGGCUCACGGACCUGGAGGAAGAUGGGGUGGCCAGCAGGAGUGGGGACAACGCUGGCAGAGCCACCCAAGGGGCACCACAGCUUCCCAGAGCCCUGGGCAUUCAGCCUCCCAGCUGCUCCAGGGAGGCACGAGGGGGCUCCCAGCAUGACGACAGAGCCAGCCAGGACUGGGACACGGCGAAAGCCCGGAAGGGGAGGACGGCCAGCCUCAGCCCCAGCCCUGGGCCCAGGGCUGCCUGGAAACCAGAAUUGGGCCGGAGCCCUAGCCUGACCGAGAAGGACCUCAAAGAGGCCAAGGCGAGGAGCCGGCAGAUCGCAGCCCAGCUCACCACCCCCCCGAGCUCCAGCUCCCGGGGCGUCCAGCUCUUCAACAGGCGCCGGGAGAGGGUGAACGAGUUCACCUUGGAAAGCCACGGCCGGAGGGGGCGGGAGCCCUCGGGAGUGCCCCCUGCCAGCCCCGCAGGCCAUGCCCCGGGGCUCAGCCUGACUCCCCGCUUGCCCCCUGAGCCGGGCCCUCCCAGACACCCCGCCUGCCAGAGUGCUGACGUCAUCGGAGGCCCUGGCCACAGCAUGGAGGGCUGCUCGGAGGAAGCCGGCCUGCUGCGGCACCUGGAGAAGAUGGCCAGCGAGGAGGAGGAGGUGCCGCUGGUGGUUUAUCUGAAGGAGAACGCAGCCCUGCUGACGGCUAAUGGGCUCCACCUGUCCCAGAACCGAGAGGCCCAGCAGACCCCACCAACCCCUCCCCCGGCGGAGGCCGACAGCCCAGAGGCAGAUGUCAACCAAAACCUUCCCUCACCCAGCACCACGCUCAUCACGCCAGCUUCUAACGGCCACCACAACCUGCCAGUCACAGACGUCAAUGAGAACCUAGCGGCACCUGUCACCCCCCAGAGCCUGCCACUUUCUAGCAUCCAACAGGAUUCCGCAGAGGCACCGCUCCCGCCAAGUGGCACAGUGCCAGAUUUCCAGCCCAGUACCCCGGGCGCUAGCGGGCCACCCCAGGAGGCAGCUGCGGAGGUGAGGUCCAGCACACUCCGAAUUGACAAGGUUUCAGCCCCUCCUACCACCACCAGCACCUUCUCCCGAGAAGUCACCUCCAUCUCCGGCUCUGGGCCCCCAGCCCCAGACUUCAAGUCCAGCUCCCUGCUCAUCGAUGUCCAGCACGGCGCCCCCGUGGUGUCACCAGAACCAGAGACGUCCGCGCGGGCAGCCGCCACCACGCCCACCAAGCUGUACAGCGAGGUCCACCUCACGCUGGCCAAGCCCCAGUCCGUGGUCAACAGGACGGCCAGGCCCUUUGGGGUCCAGGCGCCAGGGAGCACCAGCCAGGUGGAGCGGAGCCCCCUGGUAGGGAGACGACAUCCGGCGGGGAAGACCCCCGCUCCCCAGGCCCCCAGCACGGCAGACAGGAGCCCGCGGCCGCAGAGACACCUGGUGUCCCACAGCCCCGUGCUGGAGAGGAGGCCCCUGGUGGCACAGCGGAGCCCCGCCCUGGAGAGACGCCCCUUGGGGAACUUCGCCCCACCCCCCACCUACGCGGAGACCUUGUCCGCCGCGCCCCCGGCCUCCCGGGUUCGGUCUCCGCCGUCGUACUCCGCCCUCUACCCCGGCGCCGACCCCCAGCCUUCCCAUCUGAAGGGCCAGGCGGGGCCGGCCAGCAAGACGGGCAUCCUGGAGGAGUCGAUGGCCCGCAGGGGCAGCCGCAAGUCCAUGUUCACCUUCGUGGAGAAGCCGAAGGUGACCCCCAACCCAGACCUGCUGGACCUGGUCCAGACGGCCGACGAGAAGCGGAGGCAGCGGGACCAGGGGGAGGCGGCCGCGGAGGAGGAGCCCUUCGCGCUGGGGGCCGAGGCCUCCAACUUCCAGCAGGAGCCCGCGCCCCGGGACAGGGCCAGCCCUGCGGCCCACGAGGAGCUUCUCCCCGAGUGGGCCUCCUGCCUCAAGUCGCCGCGCAUCCAGGCCAAGCCCAAGCCCAAGCCCAACCAGAACCUCUCCGAGGCCUCGGGGAAGGGCGCCGAGCUCUACGCGCGCCGCCAAUCGCGGAUGGAGAAGUACGUCAUCGAGUCCGCCGGCCACCACGACCUGGCGCGCUGCCCCUCGCCCACCAUGUCCCUGCCGUCCUCCUGGAAGUACUCGGCCAGCGCGCCCGGCGCCUUCCGCGUGGCGUCGCGGAGCCCCGCGCGGACCCCGCCGGCCUCGCUCUACCACGGCUUCCUGCCCGAGAACGGGGUUCUGCGCCCCGAGCCCACCAAGCAGCCGCCCUACCAGCUGCGGCCCUCGCUCUUCGUGCUCUCGCCCAUCAAGGAGCCGCCCAAGGCCGCGCCCCGAGCCGCCGCCGCGCCGGCCAAGCCCAGCUCCCUGGACCUGGGCCCCGCGCUGCCCAAGGCGGCCUUCCCGCCGUCGCCCGCGCUGCCUCGGCCCCCGCGCUCCUCUCCCGGCCUCCACGCCUCCCCGGGCCAGGACGGCCUCCAGCCCGCCGCCGUGAGCCCCCCCUACGGCAGUGACGUCUCGCCUGUGUCUCCCUCCAGGGCGUGGUCUCCCCGAGCCAAGCAGGCCCCCAGGCCCUCCUUCUCCACGCGCAACGCCGGCAUCGAGGCCCAGGACCGCCGGGAGAGCCUGCCCACCUCCCCGCCCUGGACGCCGGCAGCAUCUCGGCCCCCCAGCAGCCUGGACGGCUGGGUGAGCCCGGGGCCGUGGGAGCCGGGCCGUGGGAGCCGCAUGAGCAGCCCCCCGCCGCCGCCGCCGCCGCCGCCGCCGCCCAUGUCCCCCUCGUGGAGCGAGCGCUCUGUGUCCCCGCUGCGGCCCGAGCCCGAGGCGCGGCCCCCCAGCCGCCAGCUGCAGGCGCUCCUGGCGCGAAACAUCAUCAACGCGGCCCGGCGCAAGAGCGCCUCCCCGCGGCCGGCGGGCGCCGAACGCCUGCGGCCCCUCCCCCCGCCCGGCGCGCCGCCGCCGCCGCCGCCGCGCAUGCGCUCGCCGCUGCCCGCCCGGCCCAGCCCCGCCGCGGCCACCUUCGCUCCCAUCCCUCGGAGCCCGCUGCCCGCGCCGCGCAGGCCCCUCCCCUACCGCCGCUCGCCCACGGACUCCGACGUGUCCCUCGACUCCGAGGACUCCGGGGCUAAGUCGCCCGGCAUCCUCGGCUACAACAUCUGUCCCCGAGGGUGGAACGGCAGCCUGAGGCUCAAGCGCGGCAGCCUCCCCAGCGAGGCCUCCUGCACCACCUAAAGCCUCCCCGCCCACGGCCCAUCCCCGCCCCGGGAGGGCUGAACUGAAAGACGAGUCAUCGGGUUGGGAGACCCCAGCACCACGACCCCGAGGGGUCCGGCCUCUUAGAUAAGGGGUGCAGGCCUCGGGGGGGGGGGCGGAGGGGGCGCGGCGGUCCGAGCUGGGGUCCCAGCCCUGGCUCUGUCAUUCAGUCAUUGUGGGAAAGACCCUUCCUCCGCUCCUCAGCUUUCCCAUCCGUCUAAUAGAGCUUUGGCCGAAGCGAUCUGCAAACGUCCAGAUCCCCCUCCGUCAGCAGACACGCCAGUGCCUUGGCCUUGGAAGAGGCCGGAUCUUGUACGUAUGGAGCCUAGACUUGCUACUUUGAAGGGCUCCUUCCGCCUCCCUCCCUUCCUGGCCCUGCUCUCUGGAGCCUGGCACUGGACGGGUGUGUUCAGAGGAUCCUAGGUUGCCUGGCCAGGCCCUGGCAACAGGUCCCAGGCAGGAGCAGCUGUUUUCCACCCCUCCCUGACAAGCUCUAUUUUUACCUCGGUGACCUUUAGAGAGGGUCUCCCAGGCCGGCUCAAGGUGCCCUGCCUGCCUCUCUGGAGAGAAGAGGUGGGAAGAUCCCUCCCUGCGCAGGCUGCCCAGGGUGUUGCAGCCAGAGACAGGCCCAUCCUAAGGCGAGUGUCUCCCCUUGGCCUGGUGCUUGGCCUCCGGGAGUGAUGCGGGUGCUGCCCCCCCACCCCCACCUGGGCCUUCCAGGCAGUCGGGGCAGGCUGUGGGCUCACGGCUGAGCUGCGGAGGGAAGAGUUGGCGGGGCUCUCUGCUGUCCUCUGGCUGUAUCCUCUGCGGCCCAUUUGGAGAGAGAGAGCCCAAAGUUUCCUUGUUAGGGAAGUAUGCCAGCAGUGGCCAGGAUGCAUAGCAGAGAUUCUAGCAGGGGUUGGACUGGCUCGGAAGACGGCCGAGGGCUUGCCCAGUCCUGAAGGCACCCCAUGGCAUUAGGAAGGGGGGAGCGUGGCCGGAGGACCGGCUGGGCAGGUGAGCUCGGGCGGGUGAGUGAGGGGUUAGACCAGAGUCUACCUGCGUUUCUGGUCCCUUAGGAAGCACCUGAGUGUUUAGUUCCAGGCCACAGCGUCCCCAUCGUGACCAGAUGAGCGGGCACUGUUCCCCCUCAUCUCUUUCCAGUUGCACUCUGGCCUCGCCAGUGUCUAUGCCCGUGACCUUGGGGCGCCUGGCUGCAGGCCCUGGCCUGCCCUUUAAGCCAUAAUGACUGAUGCCAGUUCCUAGGAAGGACACGGGGAGGAACAUGCCCCAGGGCCAUAGUGUCCAGAAUUGGCUGGUGGUGCCCUCUGGAGGCUCAGAAUCUCAGCUUCAGGAUACUAAGUGUGGGUAGGGGUGGGUGGGGCGGGUGGGGGUGGGGUGGGCUGGAACUGGCUGAGGGUCAAAGCCAUGGGUGUAGGUGAAAGGACACCAGGAUGUCGCUAAAGGUGAGGGACAGAGGGUGACCUUGGGUUAGCAGUUAGCCUCACACACCCCUCAGGGGGAUGCGAGCGAGGCUAGGACCAGCUGGGGUCGGACGGGAGAGAGUUGGGGUCAGGGUGGGCCACUCUGGAGUGAGGACGGAUCCCAGAGGAUUCCUAGGGCCUGAGGGUGGGGACACAGGCCUUGCUGGUAGGAAGAUGAGAUGGUGCCGCAGCUUGUCCAUCACGAGCGAUCACACUGCUAAAGUCCCCACCUGCUUCAGGGACUCUGGUAGCAUGAGGGGCUGGGGCUAGGGGCCUCCUUCAGAGAAAAACCACCCUCAGGUCACUGGGUGAUGCAGCGGCCGAGAAAAAUCCACUUCCACCUGCAUUUCUCCCAAAGGGCCAGCAGGAGGCAGCCUUGGGGAGCUGCUGGUCAGUCUGGCUGUUCUUCCCGGUCCCCGCCUUCUUCUCCCCAGUCCCCUCAUCUAACGCUAGAGAUUGACUGUGUCCUGCCUUCGCCUCCUGUAGAGUUCGGCUCUGGCUCUCAAUAAAUGCUUCCUGCAUC